AACAAAAGUAAUCAAAAGCUUAGAUAUUGUUGUUCAUAUCAGGCGAUCUGUUUUCGCAGUUGUAAGAAUAUUAGAGCCCUUCGAAGGCCAUCUUGUACCUAGUUCAUAGCGAAUGACGCUAUGGGGAGAACCAACAAAGCGGCGUAUAAAAAAAGACAAUGGUCAGGCGGAAAAAGAAAACGGCGUCAAGUUGAAGCUGCCCUACUACACCAUUAUGGCACCAAGUCAAGAACCGUGGCUUGGCGUAACCUAAAAGUGAAUAACACACUUACACCUGAGUCGUCAAAUGCCCAAGAGGUGAUAAAUAAUGAUUCAACCAGUGCUGACACAAGAAUCGACAAAAAACGAGACGCGACAUCCUCGACGACGGUAGACAAUCGUCGUCGAGUGCCGGACCCGACGCCUGCGCACCUCAAAUAUGGCACGUUCCGCAGACUCUCCAAACUCCAGCAAUGUCAAGAGGACAAGUUACUCAGCCCAAGAUGUGAGUCCCGGCCCAUCUACGUGGCGCGCUCCAGCGUGCCCAGAAGGUCUCCGUCGCCUAAGGACCCGCUGAAGAUUGAGAGAAAUAGUAUUAGUAAGUUGGGAAAAAUCGGGAGGGUUGGUCUUGAGAGCUGA